AUGGCUCGGAAUGGCGGGGAACUCCUUGGCCGCUUGCAGUUUUUGAUGCUCGCAGGUAUGUCAUUCCUUCCUUCGAUCUGGGAGCCUUCCUCAGUGAAGAUGCUAGAAGGUUCCUUGGUCCUUAGUGCGACUGCAGGGACUGGCAAUGCAAUCCCGGCUGGAAUUUUGGAUGACGCGCUUCGACACAGGGUGGCUGGCACCCAGUAUCACCCAGUGGCGAGUCGUGAGAUGUCCACCUUCGGAGAACGACGGAAGGAUGUGUGGGAACAGUUUCAGAAGUUCACACAGAAGGCCCUUCAGGAUGCUAGGAAGAUUGAGGACAUCAUCCUCAUGUGGACGGUGAACUUCGGUUUGAACCUGAAUGAGACCACUGAGGAAGGCCCUCGGUCUAUAUCAGUGCUCUCAUUGAUUCGAGAUGAAUAUUUCGAGCUACUCCGUACUGUUCGUCAAGCCCAGUGGAUUCAAGAGUGUGGCCCUUCCAAGAGCUCCUGCCCAGAGAAUCGAUUCAACCGACCCUUAGGCAUUCCCCUUCUGCUGGACACAGCCUUGCGAAUAGACAAUGUGGGCUGGUACAUCGGUUUCGCGGAGACCACUUGGGGCACUUGGCCCGCUGAUGAGCUCUCCUUGCAAAUCGAUGAAAAGACAUUCAACAAGUUGCGGCCCUUGGGGGCCUUUGAUGUAUGGAUUGCAGAGUCACAGCCUCCCACUAGCAGGUUAGGGCAGACUGAUCUUCAGAACCAACUGUCCUGGUUCAACGCAACGAAGCAAAAUAGCAACAACAGCUUUCAAUGGCGCAGCCUUUCCACGCAGACCCUGCACAAUCCUGAUGGAGAUGUGCUUGAAGGCUGUGAAGAUAGUGGCUGCACCUAUCCAACUCAAAAGCUGGUGCUGGCCCAGUUUGGCUUUGCCGCCGAAAGUCCGUUGUAUGGAUCAGAAAGUGAAGCAUUUGAUCCAAGUUUGCAGCAGAAACUCACAGGAGAAGUCUUCAAAAAGAUCGGAAGUUUGAAAAGCUGUGCCGAAGGCGGCGUUGUCGUUGACGAGUGGGUCGACGACUGGGGUCGAUCGGAAGCCGAAGGUUGCGGAGGCAGUGUCUUUCAGCACCCUCGCACUGGGCCUUGUGAUGAAGUACGACCAGGAAGAACCAUCAAUACAGAAUGGUUUGGUUUGAACGGCCAGUACACCUUCCUGAGCUUUCAUUGCUUGGACCCUCGCUUUCAUCGAGCGCACCCAGCGGCGAACGGAACAACAGUAGGUGCCAAUGGCUUCCGAUUCGAGGACAUCAAGGAUCUUGAUCGAGAGCAGAAGGAUUGGGACAACUUGCCUGGCGGCUUCUGUGCUUUGAUGUACCAAAGCAAUUGGCUCUUGCUCCUCGAAGCAGCUUUGCUGUUGUGUGGUGUGGGCUUGGAGGUUUUCUACCUCUGGCGUUGCUGUUGCUUCCGUCGUAAGGUACACCGCGGCAGCAGCCCCUACCGGCAGGCUGCCAAUAGCUUGCUAGAUCCUGAAAGCGGCGACAGCAGGCCUGAUGUGAUUUCCGUAGAGCUUGGUACAGUUGCAGGGAACCUGCAGCAGAGCAGUGGGCAAGAGAUCACCUCUGCCCAGGCAGAAGCUACUAUUCCCCUGCCCGAGAAGAUCACCGGCCAGGCGAAUGUGGAUGUUCAACUGAUUUUGCGUGCCUCAGUGGUGCGUGAGGGGAAGGUGCAAUUCACUGCAGAUUCUCUUCGAUUCUUUGCAGAAACCCAUGCCAGAGCGCAAAGCAGACGCCUUCAGCUGCAGGUGGAGGCAGAGGUGAGGGCUGUCCAGGAGGAGUGUAGCAAUAUGGAUGAAACGGAGUGCCUGAAACGAGCCAUGGUCCAUAUACACACUCGAGUGCUGGAAGGCUACCUAGCGUGGCUUGAAGCCCAGAGGGACCUCAGAGACAAGGACAGCAGGUUGGCUGCCAUGCUCGGGGAUACGAAUGUAGGUAGGCCCAUGUGGAUGCUCUUCACGGAAGCCGUCUUGUUGCGCAUCAUCGAAAGUCUAGCUGAACAUGCCUUGCAUGCCCCUGAAUAUUUGGCCAUGAUCUUCCACGACGUUCGCUGGGCGGAGCCCAAUCAUGAUGUCAGCGCGAAACUGCCAGAGAUGACCUCUUUCAGCAUUGACUGCGAUCUACUCCAUGCCGGGCUGGAUGAAAUGCGGAAGAACACCAACCCCUUUACAGGCGGCAUCAACUUUGAUGACAUCAACGACUUGGGCGAGGCUCGCGUGCUAGAUCCAGGCGCUAUGAGGAAGACCUUCGUCGAAUCUUUGUCAUGGCGAGUGCUGUACGACUUGCUGGACAACUUUGGCCCAGUUUUCACCGUCAAAGUAUGGGUGUUCUUUCUGGCCUACUUUGUUCAUCUUGGGAGCCUGGAGGAUCAAGACGACACAUUCUUCGCUCCAAGGAAGAGCCGGUCAGAUGCAAUCCAAGUCAUGGCGCUGUUCGAUGCAAGUCUACUGGUGCUGGCAGAGUUGGGAAUGCUGUGGCACGGUUUGUCGCAACGACGCUUGUGUCGCAGCCCAGGGAGAUUCUCCUCACGAGUCAAGCGGGCACAUCGCCUUUGGACCAGGAGGCGCUUCCUUUCCCUGUUGGUGGGAUGUCUGAGCCUGGCUGCCAUGAUUCUGGUGGGCAAUGUGGGGCGACACCUGUGUAACUUCAUUCCCGAAGCCACCUUCCAGCAGGAUCCAGACUGCCAUGACGACCAAGCUCUUGCCGCUUGUGGGCUGUAUGCAGUGGUUCGUUUGGUCUUCUUUAUCCUCGUGACACGGCGGAAAGAUAUCCCGUUUGUGCACGGUGCCCCGAAGAACCUGCAGCAAAUUCAACGUUCUUUUGCAGCAGAAAGUGAGGCGGCACAGGAACCAGCUGUUGGCAACACCUCAUUCAUGACGGUGGUAUCAGAUCCUUCCCCCGGACCGAUUGGUAAGGAGGGAAGGGGCAGCGCCCCGUUUUUCGUGUGGUUUUUCGUGCUGCUGCUGUGUUUCGCCUUUGAGACGAUCUUCGUUGCGCCCUUGGUCUCUGGCUUUUCCUACACUGGCUUCUGUGGCGAUCAGUGCUCCCAACGCAUCAUGCCUGGCGUGACACUGCCAUACCUGGGCACCAUCCAUCCCUUUCCCUCAGAGUGCGUUGCUUGCGUGCUAUCCAUUACGGCCAUCUAUCUGCUAGUAGGGAUGACCGCAUUCCUAGAUUUGCACUUCCUCUUCUAUUUGGUGAUUGGGAUCGGUGGCUAUGCCAUGGGUGAGCACCGUGGAUUGCGCAAUGUCGCAUCUUCGGCUUUGAGGCAUUUAGAUUUGGAUGCUAGCACCCGGCGGCAAUACCAAAACGACACGGACAACAGUUCUCUCAGUGAUGGCCGGGCAAUGGAACGAAUUUUUGGCAGUGCCUGGAGGCUGGUCUGGAGCUGUGCAGUAGAAUCCCUCUACGAUGAUUGCCUCAUCACGGAGGCAACCGCGAAUAGCAUGGUCCAAGCUGCGCGAACCUUUCGUUGGAAGGAUCCUGCAGCUUCCAAGACCCAAUUCUCGCAACUGUCCCAGCGUUUCCAGCGGCUGCGCUUCCGUGCCACGCAGCUGCGCGGCGGCUCCUGGCAGCAAGCUGGAAGGACGUGCUGCAUCUCUGGGCUCCAGGUGCGACAUGGUCCCAGGAGGGAGCCAGAGAGCUACACAGUAGAGAAAGAAGCCGUGAAACAUGUGAAAGUGGCCACAGCCACGCAGCAUGCUGAGUUGAUGCAGGUCUUGGAUGAUCGGCUGGUUGCCACUGCCGAUGUGCCAGGCCUUGGUGUCCGCUGCGGCUGGCAGCUGCUAUCCCAUCGCAAUGCUGCUGCUUCAGGCACGAGCACUCCACAGCAAAGAGAGUCAGUGUCUAGCCGUAGCACCAUGGCUCCUUUUGCUGGAAAUGGUCGGAAGGUUCAGAUGAAGCCAGUCUCCAGCAGGAACUCCAUGGCAGAAGACUUGCUGACGCUUCGGAACGCAGGCAACUUCCCAGCAGAUCUCCUUUUCACCGACCCGGAAGCAUAUAAAGAGGUAGAGAUUGUCUUUCAACGUCCCCGCUGUAUUCAUGCUCUCUCCUUUUUGACAACUGGGGAUGACCGACAGUUUGACCCUGUGUGUUGGGAGAUCGAUGGUUCCAUUGAUGGCAAGACUUGGAUGCGUUUGCAAACACAAUCCUGUGAGUUCGACACUCCGGCAGUGCGCCGCAGACCCAUCAACACUUUCUUUGUCUCCGAGCCGUGGUGUAGAUCUGGGGCAGCACCUGUCAGUAACUCCAGGGUGGAUUUGCAAAAGAUCCCUGCUGCAGUCAGCGAACGCUUGUGCUUCUUUGCAAGCUCCCUCCGGGCCAUCUUGAAGCAGGGAGCAGGUACUGGCGCUGCGAGCCCUGUCCGGGCAGGUAGGGACACCUUGUUGGAUCGGAAGAUUGGAGGCGUGCCAACUCUGACACAAGUUGUGCCAGUGUAUGAGGAGCAAGUGAUUUUGACGGAGGAGUUUCUGUGCGCAUCGGACGGGCGCAACACGAACCUGGGAUUCGUCAUCUCCCAGGCUGAAGAUCACUGGGAGAUUUUCGCGCGGAAACAGGGCAUGGCGCCCAGAGAGCUCUACAACUCCUACACCUUGGGGGAGCUUCAUGAAUGGCUUCGACAAGCGGAGCUGGCACAGGAUAUGGAGAAAGCCCGAGAGGUGAGAGAGCUGAUGUUGGAAGUGCGACUAUGGGCCUCGCAGCGGUCACAGACUGUUUCGAGAACAGUCAUCGGUGCGAUUCAGUAUCACAAAGUUUUGGAGAUGCUGCCAUCGGUGCAAGCUGACUCAGACACAGGCCUAGCAGGAUUGGUGCAGCUGUUCAUAUCUCACCAGACCUACGGACACAAAAAGCACAAGGAAGAGGCGGAUCAAGACAUCAGAAGUUUGAUUUGGCGAUUCCGGCAAUAUCCAAUCUACUUGGUAUGCGACUACAAUGCGGAUGUCGCAAGGCCAUCCUUGAAAGAAAUGGUGAUGUGCUUCGCAGCUCGGGAGCACAACUUCACCGGACGCUUUCAAUAUGCAUCCGUUCUCCUGGCUUUCAACGAGAACUAUGCACCGGGACAGCCUGAAGAGAACAUCGUGAAGGUAGUGGAGGUGCUGCCACGGGUCUAUCCUUUAGUCUUGGGAGAGUUGGAGCCGCGACCACCUGCUGCCAAGACUCAAGGGAAGGCUGGAAAUCAAUUAGCAGCACUCCGAUUCGCUCCCGGGCACUACCUGCAGAUGAUGGAUGCCAACAUGGGCGCUUUCUUUGGGGAGGCUUGCAAGGUGCCCUUCAUUUUGCAGCAGUUUCAGCCACCAGGAAGUGAUCGCAGGACAGUCCAGGCGCGCAUCAUCGGCUUCCGCGAGCACAUUUUCACCGGCAGCCAUGGUGCGGUAGGUGCUGCCAUGGCUGAUGCCGAGUGGACCUUUGGUACUAUUUGCCAACGCUUCCUAGCUGGGCUCGGGGCACGAAUGCAUUACGGGCAUCCUGACUUCUUCGAUGCCUUCUGGGCCUCCAACCGGGGAUCCAUGUCAAAAGCAUCCCCCGUGCUGAACCUCUCCGAGGAUAUCUUUGCGGGCUUCAACGUGUUGAUGCGUGGUGAGCAGUCCACGCAUGUAGAUUGCCUGGAGUGGGAGAAAGGACGAGAGGUCUCUUUCAACUCUGCAUCUUUGUUCUUCACCAAAGUGGCCAGUGGCAAUGUGGGAGUGAUGCGCUCCAGAGAUCUUAAGACUUUGACUGGCAGCAUGAACAUAGCAGACAGCUUUUCCUUCUACUUUGCAUCCGUUGGGUUUUACCUCUACAACGUUGUGACCGACAUCUCGAUGAGUGCGUAUGUUUCUAUUUUCGUUCUCCUCACCUUGUCCUCCAAGAGCUUAGAUGACAUUGGGAAGUUGGACUCGUUGUUGGCAGCAGAGUGGGUCAUCUCUUUUGGCACCCUUGCCAUGUUCCCGCGGCUAAUGGAAUUGACCUUGGAGUUUGGCAUCAUGGAGGGCAUCAUCCGCUUCUUGCCAUCAAUUCCUGGUGCAGUUCUUGUGUUCACCUUCAUGAACAAGUCCAUUGCUGAAGCAGUUGGGUCCACGAUGCAGACGGGCAUUGCCAACUACAUUUCUACUGGACGGCCUCCAGCCAACCAUCACUAUGGUUGGAGAGAUUGCUACUUUUUCUACAGAGACAGCCACUACUAUCCGGCUCUUCGGAUUCUGAUCAUGUAUGCUGUCUACAGGCUGCUGGCGCAGAGCUUUGAUGUGGCAGCGCUGCCCAUGAUGGUCUUGCUGGGGACGGCCUGCGUUUGGCUGGUUGGCCCCAUUUUGUUCUGUCCGCAGCCGACCUUGUGGUCAAUUCGUGAUGAUUUGUCUGAAUUUUGGUGCUUUGUAAUUGGCACUUCGAAUGCUGAACGUAGUGUGGACCUCAAAGAGGUAAACCUGGAAGAACGACUCGCAGCACGAAAAGAAGAUGCCACCGCCAACUUGUACGAUGUGUGGUUGUUUGACAAGUUGAAGCACAAACGCGCUCCAAUGCUCGCUCGUCUCAUGGAGCUUUUGGUGGCAUUUCUUUUCUUAACCGUGAUGUUAGCAGUGGUGUUUGGCACUAUGGUGGACCAGAUCCGGUCCGUAGUUUUGCUGGUGUUGGUGAACUAUUUCAUCCUGGCGCUUUGGCGAGUCUUUGGUCGUCCCACCAUUCUCAUGAUGCUCUCUGCCGGCCUGUGGCUUUGUGCCGUUCCCCUGGUGCUCAACAGCCAAUCUCUGGGAGGACAAUAUGGAACUCUACUGGUAGCGUUCAUCCUCACGUUCCAAGCCUUGUCAGUAGUUGAGAAGAUACUGCUGCUGUGUGCCUGGGGGCUCUUACGCCCAGACCCAGAUUGCGCAUCAAUGCCUGAAACCACAAUGGAAGAGGUCCACCAGAAGCGGGAAGCUGCACGCAGAGUUCAAACCUACGAUGCGGUUGUGGAGUACUUUUAUCUGAACUUCAUGUCCUACCAGUGGCAUUUGUAUGUUUCCAUCAUGCUCUUGGUGGCCAAUCUCGGAGUUCAGCUUGGCGUAGCUCUUUUGGAGAUGCUUGGAGGACUUCAGUCCUGGUGGUUGCUUGGUGGUAAGCUCCGUGGGGGUUGCUGCCGCCUCCGGAGGCCAGAGUACAAGCCGCCCGGCAACGACCACGACCCACCUACAGAACGUCGUAGCCAGCUUUCUGGACCUAGCUCGGAAGGUCUUCGCAGCCGCUUGGGCAAGGGGAUCUCUUAUACCGUUGAUGGUGCUGAAGGCUGGAUAUUGAAAUGCAGCUCACCAGUCAGACCUCUUUCUGAUUGUGCUCAAAAUGUAGGAAGGAUCGGUUGA